AUGCCGACCAAAAGCAUCAGCAUGCAGGUGCUGAAGCGCGGGCAGCAGGUGAAAAAGACUGUGGACCUAGCAGAAGGUGCGACAGUCAAGGAUGUCGUCUCCAAGCUGUCGCAGCUGACUGGGACCUCCAAGUCAUCGCUGUUUGUUGCAGAAGUUCGCAAUCUCGACAAAGUGCGUCUUUUCAGUGGGGAGGCUCCAACGGGCACCUUUGAAGUUGGAGGCUUGGAGACCAUCGAGGAUUUGCCAGAGGUCAUCCACGUGGAGCACCAGGUGAAGGCGCUUGGACUGCAGGAGUCGCUGCAGCUUCUGGAUGAUCUGAUCGUUGCUUAUAAGGCCGCCGAUUUUCAGGAGAGCCUCUCCAGGUUCCAGCAAUCAUUCCUGGACGGUCAAACGGACAUCCGUCAAUACAGCGUUCUCCUGGCAGACGUGGCAGGACAUGCGCAGGAGCCUGUGUUUGCCAAGUGGGGAUAUGAUGCCACCACUUCCGGAAGGAUGGACAUGUAUGCUGCCAUGCUGGAUGUGGCAAAUAUGGAAGAAGUCAGAACAAAGCAGCUGCAGGUUAACAGGCUGCUUGGACAGACUUUCGAGUGGCUACCAGAAGCAAUGAGUGCUGCUGCCAAGGAUAUUGAACAUGCACCGCUGUGCCCUUUGCCUUUGCUGUACAUUGAUUUGCCUACGCGGGCUCAAAGGGAGGCAGCUCAGAGGCGCCGUACAAGGCCAGUUGCUUGGCAACCGCAGGGCGAAGGUCUGCAUUCAGGUGUUUGGCUGAAGCUCGAGAUCUGGAGCAAAGGAGGCUUCGCAGCUGACGAGGCUACGCCGGAGACUGAGGCUGCGGUCUCUGCAGCCAUGGAAACGGGGGAAGCCAUGACUUCUGCGCCUGGCCGUGCUGCCCUGUCGCUCCUGACGCUUGGAGCUACGAUCAUGCCGCAUUGCGGGCCAACCAACCAUCGACUGAGGCUUCAUUUGCCCUUGCUGCUUCCCGGUGGAGCGCAGCGGAUGUGCGGCCUCACAGUGGCCGGCGAGACGCGUGAUUGGGAGCUUCACAGGUGCCUGGUCUUCGAUGACAGCUUUGAGCACGAGAUACGGCUUCCACCGAGUGAAAGCGACGAACCUGAGCCCAGCCUGGCUCAAGAAGCGAGAGUCGUGCUGCUACUGGACCUGUGGCAUCCGGACGCAGACGAGAAGAGGAGGCAGCUGUCGAAGUUCCAAAUUCCGAUGAAAUCCGGCAAAACUGAAAUCGGCACGGCGGAAGCGUGCCCUAUUCUUGCCCCACAAGCGAGUCAGGAUUUCGAGGCCUUGGACCAUGAGACCGACAGUGCGUGGAAAGAGACGGGAAAGUCGCAACGGACUUUGUCGAGACUUCAAUCAGCCACGGAAGAGACAGCGCAGCAACUUCCCAGCCUUUCAUCUGCCCAGGACUUGUUGUCUGAUCAGACAGUGCACUGCACUCUCAGACUCUCAACAAGCUGCAUGUCCUGGAAAUGGCUCAGACGUUUGCCGACAGCUCUGCUGUGCCAACGGUGUGAUAAAAAAGAUCUCAGUGAUCCCGUACGAGCUGCGGCUCUCGAAGCCUGCAGUGCUAACCUCCCCGGCCUCCUGGCCAACAAGGCCGACAAGAGCAAAGCGGUGGCCUGGCUUGGUGCGAUCGCUGCCAACCUCUCCUGGUACGAGCUGGAAGGCCCCACACGAACCUCUGGGCAGGACGAGGUUCAGGAUGUCCAAGAGUGGGACAAGGCUUAUGGAAGCUUGUGGCUGUUGCUCCAGCAGGGUGCGCUGCCUUCAUUCAGCAUCGAAGCAGAGCGUUUCUCGGUGCUUGUUUUCGGUGAAGGCGCUGGGACAUGGACAUCGCCUACCGACCGGCAGCAAACAAAGCCUUCUCGCACCGAGCCUUUUGCGAUUCUGUGGCCUUCAAGCCGUGAAUUGAGGAGUAUGCUGCAGGAAAACCGUGUGUACUUUGACGUAGCAUCUCCAGCAUUGCAUCAGCAAGCUUCGACAGCUGAGCUGCCGAAAUCCUCGGUGGGUGACAGCUGUUGCGCUGGUGGCUCAGGUGCAGUUGUUCCGCUUGUUGAGGGGGGCACAAGUGCCGAGAACUGCGUGCCCCAGGCAACGAGGCAGGACUUAUUGGAAUUGCGACGUGACGGCGAGCGGGCAAAGACACCGGGAGAUGGAGAGCACGACUUCAAAAACAAAACGGCCUUGAGAUUUCAAGGGAGCUGGCGGGUCCACUUAUUGCUGAAUGCACUCCGACAGCACUUCCUGGGACACCCAAUGGCUUCUGCCGUCAAGAUGCGGGAUGCCAAGAGAGGGCUGCCUCAGAAGUUGCCGAAGUUGCUGGCUCCUGCACCCUUUGCCAAUUCAGCCGUGAAGUCGGUGCAAGUCGACAGAGCAGCCUACCACCCGGCAGGCAACGAAACUGGAGGUGGCGAGUUCUUUGCAGAACUUCGAGGCAGAUGGUUUCCUUCUCAGACUCGGAAUUUCCUCGAGCUCUUGCGUGUCAUUGUGCCGAAGUUCAGCUGUACGUUUACGUCUCCGCUGCGACACGGGCCUGGCUCGAACGCGUUUACGCAGCUGGGGCAGAGGCGAAUUGCGGCAGUCCGUUCCGAGAAAGACAGUUCGGGCACGUGGAAGUGGCUCUUCGACGUGGUCUAA